ACUGUAAGAUCUGUUGACUUCCGGUCUGCUAGGUUAAUCAUUUCCGGUGAACCUCUUCUAGCAGGUCUCCUCAUUGUAAUGGUGGAGCCUUUUUGAUAUUUACAGGAAAUAAAAAUUACUCAUAAGACAGAAGGGAAAUGGCGGAGAGAAUGGCAGACGUACAAGAAGACCCACCAGCUGGCGAAGACGAUAACGAUUCGGACGGAGAUGAAGAGGACAGAUUGUUUGUUUGGAUGGUGAACAACGACAAUCCGGAUGAAGACGAGGAAGACGAGGAGGAGGAAGUGGAGGAGGAACAGUUAGAAACUGAAGGGUCUGAGACUUUUGAGCUGGAUGCCCCAGCUGAGCGCAGCGGGCACGUCGCCGUGGUCGAUGGAAACGUCAUGUAUGUGUGGGGAGGGUACAAGAAUGCUCAGACCCACGGGUUCUUUGACUUAUACUUGCCUAGAAAUGAGAUCUGGACUUACAAUAUGGAAUCAGGAGUCUGGAAAAAACACGUAGCUGGAGGAAAUUUACACACCUCGAUGUCUGGAAGCUGUGGCGUGUGUGUCGACGGCAUUCUCUACCUUUUUGGUGGCCAUCAUGCCAGAGGAAACACAAACAGGAUCUACCGCCUGUCCUUAAGAGCUACUACUCUGGUGUGGGAGGAAAUGAAAGAGCUUAAAGGACUUCCUCCAUCAUCCAAGGACAAGCUCGGAUGCUGGGUUCACAGGAACAGAUUGGUCUUCUUUGGCGGUUAUGGCUAUGCUCCUCAGGGAUCUCAUCGAGGGACUUUUGAAUACGAUGAAUCCUCCUCUCUUGGGUAUGACAGCCCUGGGCGAGGCUGGAACAACCACAUCCACGUCUUGGAUCUGGAGACGUUGUCGUGGAGCCAGCCCAUAACCCACGGUAACACCCCGUCACCCAGAGCAGCUCAUGCCUGUGCUACAGUUGGUAACCGUGGUUACGUGUUCGGCGGACGCUUUAAGAUGCACAGACUGAACGACCUUUACUACAUUGACCUCGACACAUGGGAGUGGCAUGAGAUGAGUGUCCCCCAGCUCGGCCCCGUGGGACGAUCUUGGCAUUCCUUCACACCCGUGUCAUCCGAUCACAUCUUUCUAUUUGGAGGCUUCACCACAGAAAGGGAGACGCUCAGUGAUGCUUGGCUGUACUGCGUGAGCAAAAACGAAUGGAGGCCUUUCAAACACAACCACACAGAGAGCCCCAGGCUGUGGCACACCGCCUGUUCUGGUCCGGACGGAGAGGUUUUUGUGUUUGGAGGCUGCGCCAACAACCUGUUAUCACACCGGAGAGCGGCUCACAGCAACGAGUUACUGGUUUUCAGUGUUCAGCCUAAAUCGUUAGUUCGGUUGUGCAUGGAGACCAUCCUGCAGCACAGGGAACACUUGUCGUCUUACUGGGACUGCUUACCCAAACAUCUUUUGUACAGCCUGAAGCAGAGAAUGUCCCGCGUCAACACUUUGGGAUCCUAACGGCCUUGAGAACGACGUUGUAGGGAAAAAAAGCAGGCAGCCCUUCAACUGCGGGAGUUAAACCAGUAUUGGAAAAAUGGACAGAUUUUUCCCUUUGAAAAGCAAAAUUCCAAUCUAAAUUUCCUCUCAACUCAAUAGUGACGAAACAGUUUGUAUGUCAUAAAGUCACUAGUGAUGUUUUGUCUGAGAUGAUACACUACCACACUCGAAAUUUUUUUUUGUACUUCUUUUAACAUCUAAGCAACAAUUGGCAGUGAACACAGUCAGUUAUGUUUCUGAAAAUCACCAGCACACCUCCCAAGAUCUUCCCAAAUGCUAAACAUUUGGAGUCAAAUGGCUAAAUCAACGCAAUAAACGUCUCGAUUUGAAACGGACCGCAGCACAGCAAAGGUUCAGGUGCUGUUUGUCACUUUUUUAUUUUAUUUAGUAGGUUUUUUCAAAAUGGGAAAUCUGUUUUUUUGUGGAAGAUAGGAUACAGCAAGCAUCCCACGAUGCUCUGAGUUUAGUUUUUGUUCCCAGUUUUCUUGGCUAAACUUUGUUCAGUUCAGUUCUCUGUAUAUAUGAAAACAAUCUGUCACAAUAGUUUUAGGUUUUGGUUUGUCCAUGUUUGGAAAAGCUUGUUUUCAGAUUGACUAAAGUGGUGACAGAAUUCAAACUAUUAUCCUACUGAGAACCAACUACUCUCAAAAACACAUUGUUGUCUACUUUUUUGUAUAAAUGUAUUUAUGGUUGUGUGGAAGUGAUAGUUCUCUGUUCCUUUAAAUUUAAUCAGUGUAAUUCCAUACAUUGGGUGUGGUCUCACUUUGCACUGAAACGCCUCUCAGUAAAGCUUUGUUUUUGUACUUUCCUUGUUUGCACAACUUUACAGAGGUUUUAUUUUGUAAUUGCAUUCUGUCAUUUUUACUUUGUAUGAGUAAACAAAAGCAGUUCAAAUCAAA